GCCAUCCGGACCGGGCGAUUCCCCUCGGCUCGACCGAGUUGAAGUAGCUUCCGCCCUUCUCGUCUCCGUUCCACUCUCUCUCGAUCUCCCACGGAUUUCCCUCUCUCUCUCUCUGUCUCUCGAUUCCUCGGUCGCGUAGCUUGUUGCAGGGACAGCAAUCUGAGUGUUGGAGAUGUCACACAGCAGUAAUAGCGCUACGAAUGACCCAAGGCAGCCCUCGGCGGCCAAACCAUUUAAACCGCCAUUGGUUUCUCCCCAAGAUCUGCCAGUCGAUUAUUCAGGAUUCAUUGCUGUUGUCUUUGGUGUUGCCGGUGUCAUGUUUCGGUACAAGCUUAGCUCAUGGAUCGCAAUCAUAUUUUGUGCCCAGUCACUAGCAAACAUGAGGAACAUGGAAAAUGAUCUCAAACAGAUCUCCAUGGCCAUGAUGUUUGCCAUUAUGGGGUUGGUGACAAACUAUUUUGGCCCUACUCGUCCAGCACCGGCGAAAUGAGAGGCCAUCAAAUUCGGAUUAAGGACAAGCUUAAUAUGCUUGGAGGGUUGUUCCUUAGCUUGAGAGUUAAGUGAGAUUCUUCUUUGAGGCGUAGACAUAUCUUGACACAUUGGAUUUUCAUUCAGUUUAAGGCUACGUGAUUAUUUCCAAAGGACGUACUAGUGAAAAUUAAACGUUGAUCGCAAAGUACCUUUAAGGUUGCAUUCUCUUCCUUUCCUCUGUAAAUUGUCUGCAAACGUUAUGACAAAGUCACUGUUUCUCUUCUUCAAAUUGGUGUUCUCAUGAUA